AUGGGACUGCAGUGUUUGUGGAAGAUUCUCGGCGUAGAUACACGCCUGGCAAGAAAUAUUGCCGUGCUAUUGAAGGUGAAUUGUGAUGGUCUCAAUGUGGUUGGAACGGAGAGUUUUGGACGACGGAAACGUGAAUCAAUGAAGGAUUUGACGACAUUGUUGAAGAGAUCGAAGCCGAAUUUCACUACUAACCAGCCAAAACAGCCGAGAAUCCCAAUGAUCAAACGAAUCGUCACAGGGACCAUUACCAUCACAGAAGUGGAAAAGAAACAGAAACGGCCAAAACCAGAAUUCUCCUCAAUGCCGGACGAUCGAUACUGUAUCUUGCGCCCACACCUUGUAGCAGCACUGGUAGCAUUUUGUGUGUUAUCCAUUACUCAAUUGUUCGUGCUGUUGAACUGUCUCCACAAUCGAUACACGUCCUUCCAGGGCAACAGCUCCUAUCCAUCAAGUUCGAGCUCCUUCGUUUCCUCUUGUGAAUAUCGAGGAUCCAGCUUAGAUAUGACAAAACCGCUGCCACCAACACCGAAUCAACGUGCAACGUUGCAACAGUAUGAACUAUCCAUUUCUCCGCGGUAG